AUCCACAAUGGCCUCAGCUAUUGGCUCUCCUGCUGUGGCGUUAGGUUCUAUUGGAGUAAUAUGGAGACAUGUCCCCACUUGUUUUUCACACCACACAGUGCCAUCUUUUGAGGUCUCUGUCAGCUCACUCUCCAACCGAGCUCUCUUUUUUGGUAGAGUCGACUCCUCAUCUGCAAGAGAAACAAUUUUAAAUUAACUUUUUGUCACAAGGGUUGGCCUUGCUCACGAUCAGUUCCAAUGCCUGUUGAGUGGUUAGCCUCCUUUGCAUUUUGUUUCUUGUCAACAAAAUAGGUGAAGCAGUCGCCUAUUUAUCCUCCACAGCACUAAAGGCUGCAUGCAAAUUUCUGUAGCUGUUGCUCAGGAUGGCCCUGCAAAAAAUGCAGCUGGGGGAUGGGCAGACACUCUCAGGAGCAGCUUACACUCAGUCAUUUUGAGCCAACUCAUCCCCAACUUUUGAACAAGUUGAUUUACAGUUUUUUUUUUCAAUUAGUUUGGCUCAUUUCUCGAAACUGAGAUGACAUUCUCAAAAUUCAAGGUGUAUUUGGCAAAAUCCUCUAUAUGGUUUAGCGAAGCACCAUGGAACAGCAGCAAAAUGCCAUAUCUCUACCAAAACAGUGAAAACUUCUCUUAUGUUUUCAUGUCUCAUGUUUCUAGUCCUCUCACAUUUGGCAAAAUAACCUGGAUAAUGCGGCACAACAUCAUGUGACUUUUGUGUGAAUUCAUCUCUCCUCCCCCCUGCUGAUUCCUCUGGCAAUGGCUACAUUUACAAAUGAAGGGAUGCUAAUUGGAGCUAUCAGUCAUUCGUGUGGACUAAGGGUCUUUUGACCCUGUUUCAGGACUUCAGGGGGGAUGUUGAAAUUCUUGGGACUUCUAGUGUUAAAAAAUUAAAUGCGGAUUUCUGGAGCUCAGGUCAGAACCGACCACCAGAAGAGAUGUGUGGCUCAGUGGGCCAGUCAAGCUAGUUUUUGGGUUAAAAUCGGAUCAGAACCACCGCCUGGACCACCAGGAGAGGAUGCGCAGCUUUUAAAAAUACCAACUCGACUGGCUCUCUGGUGUUUGGGUGGGAUCCAGCACACAGGAGUGUGAGCUGGACAGGAAUAAUGGUCCCUCUCUUCCACAGCACCAGCAUCACAGCAAGCUCUGCCACUGUUGAAGCCCUGUUCAAAAAUGUGAAACGUGGGAUUUUCCAACAUGACAACCUGCCUGUUAGAGUUGAUCGCUUCAUUGCUCGUCAUCUUUUCUUCAUGGAGGGAAAUAUGCGGAUUUGUUCUGCAAAAGAACAAAAUAAAGAUGAGGCUACAAUGAGCCCAGUGACAGCAACAGAAGACAAUCCCUCCUCCAGGACUACCCACAGAGCAGAAGACAAGAUAAAAAUGGAAACUCAACAUUUGGUGGAAUCUGGUUGUGCCACAAGCAUUCCUACAACAGAUGAAGAUGAGGUAGAAAACUGGAGGGAUCUCGCAGUUCCUCCCAAAAAAUGGAAGAGGACUUCCUACCUCUCCCCUUGUCCUGAAUGGCUCCAUGCAGAUCCAUCUUUUACUGCCAAAAGAGUGAAGGUGGGAUUAUUAAAAAAGGGAAACCUAAACUAGCCUGUAAGGCUUGGGGCAUCAACCAUCUCUGUGCUGAAUACCUGUGCAUUUGAUGCAUUCGGUCAGUGCUUCUGUUGUGCUUUCUGUGAAAGCUCUGCAUUUCAAAAUGCUGUUGGGAAAGACCAACCAACUCCCCCAUCAACUGAUGUCUUCCUCCUCAGAGCUGAGGACAAUACUGGGACAUGUGGCUGACAUGUCUCUGUCUUUGUCUCUUCUCAGAGGAACAGAAACUUGUUAGCAGAAGAGUUAAUUUCUAGUUAUGUAGAUUAAGAACGCUACAACUGAGUGGGCCAGAUUAACGGCAGGCCACCUGGAAGUUUCCCGGUUCUCUUGAUUACCAGUUCAUUUAAGGAACUAAUGUUGUUGUAUUCCUAACCCAAACCUCAACUAAAACUUAAUUCACCCCUAGGGUUUUAUUAUUUUUACUGUGAUGAUCUGUCACAUUUCUUCUUCGGGCUCUUGGAGAGUACAGAGACUUUUUCCUUCUCUCCUCCCUAUCUUAUCCCAAGGCUCUUUGUCUGUCUUUGGGUGUAUGGCACUUCUGCAUUCUUUCUGGAAACUGGAAAUUAUUAAAAUGGACCUGGUCAGUUGGUCUCUCAAUGCAAUUGACAACAUUUUUUCAGUGAUGAGAACAGGAGUUGCCCCUCUGGGACAGAGCCAGCUGGGCAUAUCAUGGACUCCUGGAAACAGUGGAACCUGAUCUGCCUCUCUCAACUGUCUGUAGAGAAUUCUGAAGACGUCUGGAUAUUCGUGGUGUUGGUGUCAGGUUUCGUGCUGUUCGGUCUGAGCGGUUACCUGGCUUACCGGAACAUUAAUGAGCUGUCGAGGAAUAUUGGCUCAAUCCCGGAGCUCGGGGAUGGAUUGCGCCGUGCUGUGAACGCACACACUCAUAUAAAUGUCGAGAUGAGUCGUAAGCUUGGAACUUUGGCUGAGCUUCAGACUCUGGCACAGAAGGUUGAUGCUAUCAAGGAUAGAGUUGACGGAUCAGCACGGAUUGGGAUAGAUUAAUCUACGCCAUUAUUGGAUUCAGAGGGGUUGGAGAUCAACAGAACUUUAAGACAGAGAGGAAAUUAUCUCUGUCUGGCCCCAAAACAAGUUCUUAUCUGAAUCUGGUGCCCUUGAGCCUGUGAGGCUGAAGAGAUUACUCCCCCUCAGAAGAAAUGUGGAAUGCUGCAGUCUUCAUGGUAACUCUGUCUCCCUAUCCCAGCCUGGGCGGGACUGCGACCGGUGAAGGCCGUUGAACCGUUUCCAGGAGUCACUGUGCUUUCUAAACCCAACAACCUCCUUCCCCUGUCCAAAUGGAGUUGACGGGCGCUGCUUAUCGUGGCUGCAUGCACUGAUGUGAGGAGAGUCCCCAACCCCACCUAGUGGACACUUAUGUUGUGUAAUGUCUGAAGUCUGUUGCAUUUCUGUCUGAGGUGUUUUUUUGCAUAGCAAAGCUGCCCUCCCUGUGGAGGAUAACUCUGAAGUGCCUUUUUUUCCUCCACCUGAACCAAUCCUCAUGUAAACCCUCUGAUCUCUAUUAAGGUAGCGCGACUCGGGUUGUGAAUGACCACAGUCACCAGUUCUUGUCAUGUGUCUAUGCAGGCACGUGCAGGGGGUGGGGGGAGGGUGCUUGAGGCCCUGCCCCUUUUGUCCCAUGUGCCCAAAGUGCCCUUUUUGAGGUUUAGUGAUUUUUUUAUAUUUAUUUUUUAAAAUUUUUUUUAAAAAAUUUAAAGAAUUUUCUGUUUGUGCCCCCUCAAGAAUAACAAAAAUAAUAAUUAAUAAAAUUUCUGUUUAAUAAUGUUAUAUAGCUGGUGUGAGUCACGUGACCAUACCGUCACGUGACCAUUCCGUCUCUUCCUUACGCCAGAGCGCACAGCCGGUCACAACAAGCUGCAAGCACCCACAUUUUCUUCAUGGCCGAGCGAGUGGUGCAGAGCUUUUAGGACAUACAUAUUGAUUGGGAGAAACGGACUAACACCGACAUGCCUCGUAAGGAGAGGAGGCGGAAGCAGCGACAGAACGAGCUACAUGAGGCAGCUAAAGGCAGUGGGUCCCUCACCAGCUGGGUAAAAUAAAGAGUACAGUCUGAGAUCAACACAGCCUUGCCCUCCAGCAUCAGCAGCAGCAGCAAGAGGAGCAACCCUGUGUAGAGAAAUAGAGUGAUGUAACGAUCUAGAGUUGUAUUUUAUUAUACUGUUUUCAACAGGUGGUUCUGGUUAAAUAAGAAGCUUCAGAAGAACUGAGUGCUCGUGUCAACCACCAGCGCUUAGAUUUCCUCCACAAAAAGGAGGAACAGGAGAAACUCUGGUCUAAUAUGGAGGGAGAGCAACUCCAUUUGAAUAAGGAGACUGAUGCUGCCAGGUUUCAAUCCCUUAGCCAUAAAACACAUUUAAACAAACACACGAGAGUCCACACAAUACAGAAAAAUUUUGCCUGUGAGCACUGUGGACAAAGAUUUCAACUAAAGACUAAUUUCAACAGACACAUGAGUGUCCACACAGGACAGAAGACUUUUGCUUGUGAGCUCUGCGGAAAUGUUUUUAGCCAAAAGUCAACUUUAAACGUUCACAUGAGAGUCCACACAGGACAGAAGCCUUUUCCGUGUGACCUCUGUGGAAGAAGAUUUAGCCAAAAGUCAACUUUAAACAAGCACAUGAGAGUCCACACAGGACAGAAGACUUUUGCUUGUGAGCUCUGCGGAAAUGUUUUUAGCCAAAAGUCAACUUUAAACAGUCACAUGAGAGUCCACACAGGACAAAAGCCUUUUCCGUGUGACCUCUGUGGAAGAAGAUUUAGCCAAAAGUCAACUUUAAACAGUCACAUGAGAGUCCACACAGGACAGAAGCCUUGUCUGUGUGACCUCUGUGGAAAAAGAUUUAGCCUGAAGUCAACUUUAAACCGUCACAUGAGAGUCCACACAAGACAGAAGCCUUUUGUCUGUGAGCUCUGCGGAAAAACAUUUAGCAGAAAGUCAACUUUAAACAGUCACAUGAGAGUCCACACAGGACAGAAGCCUUUCGCCUGUGAGCUCUGUGGAAAAAGAUUUAGCCAAAAGUCAACUUUAAACAUUCACAUGAGAGUCCACACAGGACAGAAGCCUUUUGCCUGUGAGCUCUGUGAAAAGAGAUUUAGCCUAAAUUCCCAUUUAAAUAGUCACAUGAGUGUCCACACAGGACAGAAGCCUUUUGUUUGUGAGCUCUGUGGAAAGAGAUUUAGCCUAAAUGCCCAUUUAAAUUGUCACAUGAGUAUCCACACAGGACAGAAGCCUUUUGCAUGUGAGCUCUGUGAAAAGAGAUUUAUCCAAAAGUCAAAUUUAAACAGUCACAUGAGAGUCCACAUAGAACAGAAACCUUUUCUGUGUGACCUCUGUGGAAAAAGAUUUAGCCUGAAGUCAACUUUAAACAGUCACAUGAGAGUCCACAUAGGACAGAAGCCUUUCGCCUGUGAGCUCUGUGGAAAAAGAUUUAGCCGAAAGUCACAUUUAAACAGUCACAUGAGAGUCCACACAGGACAGAAACCUUUUCUGUGUGACCUCUGUGGAAAAAGAUUUAGCCUGAAGUCAACUUUAAACAGUCACAUGAGAGUCCACACAGGACAGAAGCCUUUUUCGUGUGACCUCUGUGGAAAAAGAUUUAGCCAAAAGUCAACUUUAAACACUCACAUGAGAGUCCACACAGGACAGAAGCCUUUCGCCUGUGAGCUCUGUGAAAAGAGAUUUAGCCGAAUGCCAACUUUAAAAAGUCACAUGAGAGUCCACACAGGAUAGAAGCCUGUGGGGAAAAAAAUUGGCCACAAGACAGCUUUAAAUAAUCACAUGAGUUAGGGGUUGGCAAUAUAAACGAUAUAAGGUAGAAACAAUAUAAAAUUGGGUAAUGAUAAGUUUUUGGCUCUACCGCGAUAUCACGAUAACACAUGAUGUCACUAAGAUGUGCACUCGCGCCGACAUUGAAACAACAGAAUUGCAGUGACUGCAAUCAUGUAGCGGGAGGAGGAGGAGCAUUCUACACUUUUUGGAUGUCUUUAAAGUUAAAGUCCCUUUAGUUGUCACACACACAGGUGUGUGUGCGAAAUUUGUUCUCCGCAUUUGACCCAUCCCCUGGGGGAGCAGUGAGCUGCAGACACAGCUGCGCUCGGGAAAUAUUUGGUGGUUUAACCCCCCAAUCCAACCCCUUAAUGCUGAGUGUCAAGCAGGGAGGCAUUGGGUCCCAUUUUUUCAAAGUCUUUGGUAUGACCCGACCAGGAAUCGAACCCCUGAUCUCCCAGUCUCAGGGCGGACACUCUACCACUAGGCCUCUGAGAAAGGUUAGGGUUAGGGUUUAUUCUGCUGCAAUAUAUUUUCCAUAAGAGGAUUUUUUUAAAGCAUGUCAUUCUGACAUAUAUAAACAAAGGAAAAAAUAUAUCGCAGUUUAUAUCGUAAUCGCACAUGCUUCAGAUAUAUCGCAAUAUAGAUUUGAGGCCAUAUCGCCAGCCCUAACAUGAGUGUCCACAAAUGACAGAAGCCUUUUGCUUGUGAGCUCUGUAGACAAAGAUUUAGCCAAAAGAAAACUUUAAACAAUCAUCUAAGCAUCCACUAGGGCUGAAUGAUCUAUUGCAGGGGUCUCCAACCUUUUUUGGCCUGUGAGCUACUUUUACACAAUGAAAGUACAGCAGAGUUACUGCCAUAUGAUUUAUUUACAUUGAUGUGUGAAUGUGCUUAUGUUAAACAUGCUAUACUUACUAUAUUAACGUGCAUUGUAUUCACAAGUUGAUUUCUCUGUAUUUCAGUACAUCAGUAUAUAUUUUUAAGUAUAAGUAAACUAGUGACAUUCUGAAAACCAAAUUAAACCAAAUCAAAUACUUUCAGAUAAUGAGUAACAAAUCUACCGGUACUUCAUGUGAAUGUUUUGGUAAUUUUUUUUAGAAGGUUGGUAACAACUUUUUGAGCACACAGGAACCGCUAACCUGUAAAGCUGAUGAUAUUUGAUAUAAAAUACAAGCUAAAUUUGAUGAAAACACAAAAUUGUAAAUAGUCUGAAUUGAAGUAAAACAUGUAAAAUCACAA